UUGUCCUCGUUUAGUGCUUGUUCGGCUUGGUUGUCCUAUUGGGCUUUACCUCGGCCAAUUUGGUGGCCCAGAGAAAGGUGGGCUUGUUGUGAGCCCAGCCCUGCACGGCCCGAUCUAGACCGCCGUUUCGUUUUAGGCUUUGAGAGCAGGGGAAGCGGGAGCCGUCGCCAUGGUAGGGAUUCCCCGCGCAUUCUCAAUCCCUAGCGCCCAAUUUCCCGCCAAUAUAAGAUCCUUGCCUGCUCCGGCGAUCGCCGCAGCCCUGAGACCUCACAGGAUGCCGAGGAAAGCAGCUCGCGGCGCCACCGCCGCCAGCAAGAAAUCCGCGGCCGCCGUCAGCAAGAAAUCCGCGGCCGCCGUCGGCAAGAAAGCCGGGCCCAUCGCGACCAAGAAAGCCGCGCCGGCCGCUGGCAAGAAAGGAGCAGCGCCCGCCGCAAGCAAGUACUGGCUGCUGAAGACGGAGCCGGGGGAGUGGUCGUGGUCGGACCAGGCGGGCGCGCCGGGGGGCGUCGGGCCGUGGGACGGCGUCCGCAACCACCAGGCCAUGAACUACCUCCGCGCGAUGCGCCGCGGCGACCGCUGCCUCUUCUACCACUCCGGCGCCGGCGCCGCGUCGCGCCGCGUGGUGGGCGUCGUCGAGGUCGCCAGGGAGUGGUACGAGGGCGGGGAGGGGGCCGGCGGCGCCGUGGACGUGCGGGCCGUCGGGGAGCUCCGGAGGCCCGUGGCGCUCGGGGAGAUCAAGAAGGCGGCGGCGGCGGGGGAGGUGGAGGGGAUGAAAGACUUCGCGCUGAUCCGGCAGGCCCGGCUCUCGGUGAUGCCCGUGCCGGUGGAGGUCUGGGACUGGGUUUGUGAGAUGGGGGGUGGCUUCGUGCAGGACGGGGAGGUGGGAGAAGAAGAAGCCGAGGGUUGAUAUGCUCUGAACUCUGAAGGUGGCAUAUGCCUUUUGGCCUGCAAGAGAUGGUAUUUUGAGGAACAUUUCAGUGACAUUUUGUGUAUCCUCUCUAGCGUUUGCCGUCUCUGCAUCGUGUUGUGACAAGUGUGUGUCCACUAGCUAGUAAUUAUAAGUUCAGUGGUCGAUGUUGGCAUGUUGCAAGAACGGUUGGGUCAUAUGAUGUUGUCUGUUACGACUUUUCGACAUUGUUGAACCUAUUUUAUUUAUCUAAGUGGCCGUAUGCAUCCACCUGAUGAUGCAGAGGCCGGGGAAUCCCCCCUUUUCAAAAAAAAUAAAAAAAUAUGAUGUUGUCUGUGGCUGUA